UCAUCCGAUUUGCAAAAGCAUAGGAGGACUCAUACUGGCGAAAUGCCGUACAUUUGUGAAAUAUGUAAGAAAAGUUUCGCAUACAAAAGUAGUUUGCAAAGACACAAACAGAAACAUUUGAAAGAAACAUAG